GUGUGCCAGUGAGCCCGUAUCCCAGCAUCCUUUGCGCGUCGACGAGGCAGGGUCUGUUUCCGGAGCGCACCGAGGACACAUCAAGAAACGUCCCAAGGGUCAUCUAGACGUGCGACUGCAGCGAACGAAGAUGUCUGACACCAUCGAGGAGAAGAUCAAGAACUACAGGACGGCGCCCUUCGACGCCCGCUUCCCCAACACCAACCAGACCCGCAACUGUUUUCAGAACUACCUGGACUUCCACAGGUGCAAUAAGGCCCUGUCAGCCAAAGACCAGGAUGUGGCUCCCUGUGAUUGGUACAAGAGGGUCUAUAAGAGCCUCUGCCCUAUGAGCUGGGUUUCCAAAUGGGACGAUCAGAUAGAGAAUGGAAGUUUCCCCGGAAAGAUCUGAAAUGGGCAGCCGUCGUCGAUCAGGACGGUCCACUCCAGGGCUUUCUGUUACCUGCAGCUCAGUAGUGUGCCGAAGGACAUCGUUGUUAGUGAUGCUACUGUUAUUAACUUUAAAUAUAAACAUGCACAACGUUGCAUGUUGUGGUCCGAAGUAUUUGUCACCAUUUCGAUUGUAAACUGCUCUUCAGUAUGUUCAAUCAAUAAAUAAUGAAAAUUA